UCUAACGUAGCUUAUUAAUUCAACAAGAUUUACGCAUUAAGAGAACUUCUAUCAAUAUGUUACACUCACGAACGGCAAGGAUAUGCAUUUAGUUUGUAUGGAAUCAACAGGCAAAUUUAGCACAUCACAAUGAGUCUUAAAAACAACAAAGAAAAUGGACUAAAAAUAAAUAAAAACAACACAAGACGAAAGCCAAAUUGAAGAACAGAUGCAACCAGCUUGCUUAGGCAUUUGUGACUGUAAUUUAAGAUGUUGCGAAUGUUACAACACUGGACUUGCAAUGAUAGAAUUUGAGAGGAAGGAUAAAAGGAGAAAAGGUAUGAAAAAAGCAGAUGAAGUUGAUAAUUUUAAGAUCCAACUAGACAAAAGUCUUUAUGUUGUAUCACGAGACUACUAUAUAAAAACCUGUGAAGUUCCCUCAUAUAAAGACGCCAAAAGGACUCUUGGUAAUCUAGCUACCUUUGUGUACAAUUAUUGUGAACCGGGACUGAAACCUUACAUUCCUUCUGAACCGCAAAUGCCUUACGGAGACCUGUGGAUAUCUCCUAGUGAUCUGUUGAUACCGCAUGUUGGGUUAAAAGCUCCCUUAACUCGUAAACAUGUACAAGCUCUUACCCACGAAGGAAUAUUAGAUAUAGGCUAUAAGAUUGAGUUACAGUUCAUAAAAGAAUUAGAAGAAAGGAAACAGGAGGCUCUUGAUCAUCAAAAGGAGGAAUUGACAACUGAAUUCCAGGAAAGUAUACAUCAGAUUGUCAAAGAUGCUGAAGCCAAGGAAAGAGCAAAUUGUCAAAGGGAAUUAACGAGGAUGGCAGAGGAAUUUGAACAGAAGCUAACUGAUGAGAUUACUGUCCUGCAAGCUGACUUGGAAACGGAAUUUUCGACAUUUAGUGAAACCCAUGACGCCAAAAUAAUUUCGACGUGGGAACAUAAACUGCAUGAAGCAGUUGAAGAAACGACAAAGAAUAUUACUAAAAAAUUCCUUGAUGAACUUGCUAAACAAGAGCAGAUUCUGAUCAUGCACUUCAAAGCGCAAAUGGCAAAACUGGAAAUGCGUAGAAUCUAUGAAAGAGAGAAAAUGAGACACGAUCACAAGAAGGAACUACAGCAUGCAAAGCACCGUCUGGAAUGCAGAAACCUCGCACAUAUGAUGUUUAUUCUUUGUAUGGAAAGGAGAAAAUGUUGCGAGGAAAAAAUGGCAAUAGAAGAUUACUACAAGAAGAAAGUAGAGGGUUUAAGUACUAAGAUUGUUGAUAAAAAAACGAAUAUAAAGAAGCUCAAAAAGACGGUCCGGAAGCAAAUGAAGGAUUUACAACUCCGGGAGACUUGUGUCUUAGAAAUUCUCAAACAAUACCAGAAGUUCAUCAGUUUCGCUCUAAGGGCAGCGCCGACACAAGCAGAAUUUUUAUUGUGCAUCGAGAAGCUUAUGGCUUUCGAAUUGACAGAGUCGCAAUCAAAAUUAAAACGAAUAUCCAGUGAAGAUUCACGACUUCGCGGCAUUUUGCCAUGGCCACAAACGACACCAAGUUAUGAAACAAUUGAGGAAAAUCCCCAAAUCGUAGUAGAAGGCCAUCAUCCAAGCAUUGUGACUUCGACGUCAAAGGAAAAUAAGGAUAUGGUACUACCAGUAUUUGGAUUUCAAAAUAAUUUCUACGCACGGGAAGAUUUCCAAAAUAUGCCACGAGAUCUCAAAUCACCGACCAGAGACGACUUAUGGAGUGAAGACGUCGAAUUUGUAUUGAAAACUCUUCGGAUGAGUAUCAGUAGUGAGAAAGAAAUCGAUAAUGAUCCGUCGAGUGCGCCCAGUGAUAUGCUCAAAAAAGUUUCGAAAGGAGGCGAUCGAAGUUCAACAAUCCAGUUUAAAGUCACACAAUCUUCAAACGAAAAAUUAAUACAGGUGCCUUCAGUAGAAGAGGUUUCAAAUGCAAUAUCCGUAGAAGAAUGCGAAUCUUUAAAGGACAGAAUGGAUACGAAGAGCUCUCUUAAAUAUACAACGCCAAUUAUAAACCCUGUAGAUCAUUCCCAGGUAGGAAUGGUUGAAUCAAAUCCAUUACUAUUAGGGACACAAAGUUCUCUGGAGAUGUUAGCUAAGAAAUACAACAUCACACUUAAACAGCCUGAUAAUAUUACUACUAUUCCUGAAAUGAAAGAAGAUGUGGCAGAAGAUUGUGAUCCACAAGCGAUCGAAAAGUUUCACCGUUUCAGCGAGAAAAGCAGAGACACUUCUGUGUAUAUCAAAAGCAUGGAAUCAUUCAGGCCAAAUAAAGAAAGUUUAACACCAAAGAGAACUAGCACUGAAGAUAAAACAAAUCAAAUUGCUCCACCCAGCACAGUAAGUGGAAAAAUUCCUGUAGAAACCAGAGAUUCAUUUAUUUUACGUCAGUCGUACUUGGCUAAAGUACAACCAAGGUUUUCGUUAUCUCCAAACGACUCUAUUGAGAUUAAAAAGGACUCGUCUAGACACACACUAACCAAAAAGAAAUCCUCCAAACUGUCACUGGCCAGAGACUCUGUGGAAAUGUUGAGAGAAAGCAGGACUCUUUUAACUCAACCCACAGUCUGUCAUGUGUGUCAUAAAAGAGCAUCCAAGGAAAGAGAAAUUAUAGUCCGAAAAUGUGAUAUCUGUUGCAAAAAUAAAGACAGUGUAGAAGUUCUUAGCGGUGGCGUUAUACCAAAGAUUAUUAAAACGGAAGACAAAGAAAAUGUUGCAUCAAAGAUCAAAGUGUCUCACAUAGAAAUGAUUCCUGUAGAAGAAAAAGGUAAACAUGAAGUUCCUUUUAAAACUAAACCUCCUGCAGUCGACGAUCUAAGCUAUGAAAAAUUAAACGCUUUAUAUAAGCAAGAAGGAAGGCGUAAAAGUAAAGUUAACACCAAGAGAAAAUUUGAAGAUAAAUGCAAAAAGUUGAAAAUGUCGCCAAAGGCAAAAAUUGCUGGGGAUCUUAAAGGUAUAGAGCAUUUACAAACGGCAGAGGAAUUUACAGCAGACAGGAUGAAAUCUUUUAUAACAAUUUUAAGCAAUCAUCCGAAUCUCAUUAAAAUGUUUACAGCAUGUCAACGUUAAAAUAAAAAUACAUUAUGUGACCAAA